GGCAUAUACCAGGCAUUGUGAAGGGGGGGAGGGCCCAGUGGUGAGUCAUGGUUGCCGGGUAUAAAUACACUCCCAGUAUCACCACCAGUGUGGGAUGCUCUGGUGCGGUCACUGAGGAAGCGUAGAACAAUGUGUCGAAUGAUGGCGAGUAGAAAACGGAUCCUGAGUCCUCAGGGGAAACGCCCUACACGACGGAGCCUCUUCGGUCCGGUCGACCACAACCAGCUGCAGGCGGACUUCCAAGCCGAGCUGGGAAAAGACCUGGAGGCGGCGUCGCGGCGCUGGAGCUUCGACUUCAUCGCCGACAAGCCUCUGGCGAGCGGCGAUUUUCAUUGGGAGGGUGUCCCAAACACCCAGGUGCCCCAGCUCUACAGGUCCUGUAUGCUUGGUCGGGCGGAAGGUCAGACGGUGGCAGAGGCGGCGUUUAGUCCCAAGAAAAGAUGGGCGGGCCCGCCGCAGUGCGAGAAGGAGAACAUCCCCGAGAACGUGCUGGAAAGAUGCCCUUUCAAUGUGGAGGAAACCCCGGGGAAGAAGGACAAUGGAGGGCUGAAGAGGAAACAAACUAACAUUACAGAUUUCUAUCAGGCUAAAAGAAAAGUGGUUGGAACGCCACGGAAAUCUGGCGUUUGAUGUUUUCCUUUUGUUUUUUUUUGUUUUUUAAUGUUCCCAUCAUUCCACUCAGGCAUGGGCACAGACUGCAGCACCACUCGGAAGGGACAUCUUCCACUUAAUUUGGGUACUGCAUUCAUUCUAAAGGGGGGGGGGGGGGGCCGCGCUGUGUCGGGUCGGGUCGGGGUGGGCUAAAUUGCUAAGAAGCUGACAUUUGAUCUGAGGAGAUUACUGCUAAUCUCCCUAAACGUGGAUUUACACUCAUUGGGACGGAGUGGAUGUCGACUGAAUGAUUCCUUGUGUGCGUUCCGUAACUCGGCGAUGGACGUCUCCGCGGGUGAAGAAUACUUGAAACACAUCAGGGUUCCUGUCGAUCGAAGAGUUUUUCUGGGGUCAUCAUGUUGUCUGUUUAAUGUAUGAUUUUGACUUAUGUAUAGAUAUGAAUACUGCAAUGCAAAGUAGCAUGCAGUAUAUUCAUUGUAAACCCAAUGCGGUAUUGCACAAGCGCCUCGUGUCACAUGAGUAUUAUAUAGAUAAUAUAUAUGUAUUAUACAGUGUAUAUUGUGCAAUUCAUCGGACUUGAUUGUCGCCUGCCUCAAACGUACGUGUCCUCGUGGCUCCUAUAUAGGCUCCCGCUGCUAUGUGUCAUGUGACUGUCACGCUUGCCAAAAACGUUGACUGCACUCCUAUUUCCGCACACAGCCACAAAUGAAAUCUAUACUUUUUUAUUUAUUCUGUCAUUGACUUUAUAUUGAAUAAGAACGGCAUCACAAUAAAAUGUCAGAAUCUC